AUGGAGGACGUGAUACCAAAGGUUCUUCGAGAAAUACUACCUCUUGUGUUGAAAGGAAAUGAGACACAAGCAGAAAACGGAAGCCCAAGUUUUCCUUUGCUAGGUCCCACUGACAUUGAAGCCCAAGUUCGUGCUCUUCAAGAUGACGGCCGUACCAACAACACUUCAACUUGUCAGCAAAAUGAUGAGAAGAAAUUGCUCGCAGCUUUACUAUCUCUCACUGUGGCAAUAUUUGACAAAUUGAUCAGCCAACAUCCUAAUUUGUUUGAACUGGUUGAUAAAAUUUCCCCUGGAGAUUCUGCAACAAGCUUUGCCAACAAGCUCAACGGAAUGGUGCGGGAAAACAGUGAACCCAUGGCAGGUUGCCUGAGCAUAGUGAAGAAUGCCAGCAAGAUGGCCAUAUCAAUGCUGAACCACAAUGACAGCUACCUCAAAGAACACUUCUUGAUGAUCUUCAUACAAUCUUUGGCUGAUGCUUGCAAGAGCAUGUCAUGUCUCGAGAGUUCUAUGAUUUUAUAUAGUGCCAAUGGUGGCGCAGUGAAGCCUCACAAGACACUCGCUUCUCUACUGAAAGAAGCACAGGAACUUGCAGGCUCAAAGGAGCAACAAGAGCUGUGA